UAAGCAGCUUCAUUCUCUAACUUCUGGAAGAGAAAGUAAGUCAUCCCUAAGAAGACACUCAAUUCAUGAGCAAAAGGCGUCAUCACAGAAUGGCAGACAUUGCUAGAUUAAUCAACUUAGUUCAGAAUUUGGCAGAAAAAUCAACUACGGGAAAGUUUGAUCGCGGGGGAGGAAGGAUUGUCACCUGGUCUAUCGAGGGUCAUUUCACAGGGCACUGGUUUCAGUGGAAAUGCACAGGAACCUGUAAGGAUCUUACAACUGGAGAAACAGGAUAUGCAGAAACCGAAAACAGAGACGAGGCUAUCGAGGAUUCCUUGAAGGAUAUGUUCCAGAAACUACAUGCAAGAGAUGCCAUUGCUGAUAUUAACCCCUUUGAAUUAAGGCAGAGUCACGUUUGAUUAAAAAAAACAGUGGAUUUUGCUUAGUUAAGUAGUGUUUGUAUUACUGACUGAAAUUGUUUUAUUUUAAAUAUUUACACCGAUACAUACGAUUUUUUAAGGAAUAGUAU